UUUUUUUUUUUUAAUCUAAUUAUUUCUAAACUCAGAAGAACCGCUCCAGCUAAAAUUCAAAGUGAUAGGACUUAGAUAAGAACUUUAACUCAUUGCUGCAAAUAAUCUUGUCAGAAGAGGAGAGUCACAGGCUGGGCGCGGGGCAGAGUGGACAGCGUGCGUGGUCAAGAUGGUGCUCACCAGUUUCUUGCCAGCUCCAACCCAGCUGUGCCAAGAUCAGCUAGAAGCAGAAGAAAGAGCAGGAGCGCAGAGAUGCAGGCAGACUGCUGUGGUCUCCUCACAAAGGGAACCUCCCCCAUAUGGUUACCGGAAAGGAUGGAUACCGCGGGCGCUGGAGGAUUUUGGAGAUGGGGGUGCCUUCCCAGAAAUUCAUGUGGCCCAAUACCCAUUGGAUAUGGGCCGAAAGAAGAAAAUGUCCAAUGCUUUGGCUCUUCAGGUGGAUGCAGAAGGGAAAAUAAAAUACGAUGCCAUUGCUCGACAAGGACAGUCAAAGGACAAGGUCAUUUACAGCAAGUACACAGAUCUCGUGCCAAAAGAGGUCAUGAAUGUGGAUGAUCCUGAACUGCAGAGACCAGAUGAGAACGCAGUUAGAGAGAUAACAAAGAAGACAAGAGCAGCCUUGGAGAAAUUAGUGUCCCAAAAAGUUGCAGCAGCCAUGCCAGUUGGAGCUGCUGAGAAGGCAGCUCCUGCACAGUACAUUCGGUACACACCAGGUCAGCAAGGAGCUGCGUUCAACUCUGGAGCGAGGCAGAGAGUUAUUCGGGUGGUGGAAAUGCAGAAGGACCCUCUGGAGCCUGCAAGAUUCAAAAUUAACAAGAAGAUUCCACGGGGGCCACCAUCUCCUCCAGCACCUGUAAUGCACUCUCCAAGUCGAAAGAUAACUGUGAAAGAGCAGCAAGAGUGGAAAAUUCCUCCGUGCAUUUCAAACUGGAAAAAUGUGAAGGGUUACACCGUUCCCUUGGAGAAGCGUCUGGCCGCAGAUGGCAGAGGAUUGCAGACUGUUCAUAUUAAUGAAAACUUUGCCAAACUUGCUGAGGCGCUCUAUAUUGCUGACAGAAAGGCUCGCGAGGCAGUGGAGAUGCGUGCCCAGGUGGAGAGGAAGAUGGCUCAGAAAGAAAAGGAGAAGCACGAGCAAAAGCUACGAGAAAUGGCUCAGAAAGCCAGGGAGAGAAGAGCAGGGAUCAAAACCUGUGUUGAAAAAGAGGAUGGAGAAGCUAGAGCGAGAGAUGAAAUCAGACAUGACCGGCGCAAAGAGAGACAGCACGACAGGAACCUUUCCCGGGCAGCUCCUGAUAAGAGGUCAAAGCUGCAAAGAAAUGAGAACAGAGAUAUCAGUGAGGUUAUUGCCCUGGGGGUACCCACCCGCAGGCCAUGCAAUGAAAUCCAGUAUGACCAGAGGCUCUUCAACCAGAGCAAGGGGAUGGACAGUGGCUUUGCUGGAGGAGAGGAUGAAAUGUAUAAUGUUUAUGACCAGCCAUGGAGAACUGGCAAGGAUAUGGCCCAAAACAUCUACAGGCCAAGUAAGAAUAUGGAUAAAGACAUGUAUGGAGAUGAUCUAGAGGCUCAAAUAAAGACCAAGAGGUUUGUUCCUGACAAAGAGUUUUCUGACUUGGAUCGUAACAGCAGAGGCAGGAGCAGAGAUGGACCGGUUCAAUUUGAGGAGGAUCCAUUUGGUUUGGACAAGUUUCUGGAAGAAGCUAAGAAACAUGGUGGUUCCAAACGGCCAUCAGACAGCAGCUGCCCUAAGGGACAAGAGCAUCAGAGCAAAAAGACAAGGAAGGACUGAAUCUGCUCCUUGAGAGGCAGGGAAAUGGACUGCAAACUUGGAUGGCGUUCUAGCACAGCAGUUCCCAGCUCCAGUGUGCAUCCACUACUUCUUCAACAUAGGACAGCUACCCAAGGAGAGAGAAGACAUGGAGACCACUUGGAAAUGUUACAUAAGGGAACUGAUUAUUCUCUAGCAAGUUCUCUGACAUUGUUGAUUCCCCAUUGCCCAGCAUCUAAAGUUGAGAAUGCAGCACCCUUCCUACAGCUUUAGUUUUUGGUAGGUAGCUAAAGCUUGAUCUGUUUACAGCUUUUCUGCUGUGUACAAUAAUUGUCUUAUGCUGUAACACAUGCUGGGGUGUUCAUGAUUUAGUGUUUUAGUGUGGCUAUACAGUUUAUUUGAACAAGGGAGGGCAAACAGCUGGAUUCUCUUCUAAAACAAGCACUCCUUCAUAGUUUCUCAGUAAUCCUUGUUUUAGUUUCUUUAGAUUUAGUGAAAUAAAGCCUCCUUCUGUGGUAGCUGCUCCCUGGUCAGAGAGAGAGAGGCUAGAUGAGUUUUCCCAGAAUUGGCCUGGGAAGCUUUAGGGAGCUGGAGAGAAAGAAUUCUAAACAAUUCUUGUCUUGUUGCACCUGAUGUUGUGAACAAGUGGAAUGUGUUAUGGAGAUUUGUUUCUAAAGGGUUGUUUGUUAAUUAGCCAAUGGUGAUGGUGUUUUAAAUGAAGGACCAGUUAGGUCCACCUGUAACAAAGUAGGGUCUAUAAAGUGUGGGUUUCUUAAUAAAGAUUAUUAGUCUUCUCUGAAUAUCUUGAGAGUCUGUGUCACUUAUUACCUGGUCCUGGCUUGCUGCACCAACAUCCUUCUACCAUUCACAAAAAAAGGAAAAAAAAAAAGAAAAAAAAAGUAACAGCUAGAGCAGGCAAGCUGCACCAGGGCAGGGUGGGGGGAGGUCCACCAUGCCAGGGACACCACACCCCUGCAGUCACUACAGUUCCCCAGAGAGCAGAAACCGGGCCCCCCUGCUCCUGUCCGUGCCAUCUGGGGGGAAUCUCAAUUACUGGAGGUAAUUUUGCAAGUACAUGCACCUUAGUUCCAGCACCAGGCUCCUGGUUGUUUUUUUCUCCACGUGGUUUGACUUUCACUGCCCCCACUGCUGUGUCCACCCCAGGAUAGAAGGGAAAUGGUCGACAUGGGGGCUGCAUGCUCCUGAGCAUCUGCACGCAGGGACACACACACAGGUGCUGUCCCGGUACCAGAGUGUAAGCUUGAGCUCUGCUAAAUGCAUUUUCCAAACUGGGGACUGUGGAGGCCUGUGAGCCUACCAGGGAAAGGGCAGUAGCAAUGUCCUGGGCA